AUGAAACCAUUUACAUUACAAGAACCAAUUUAUCUUGAAAAGACUUUUGGUGAAAUAGAACAAGUUAUUAUUGCAGCUGCUAAGAAAAAUAUACCAGCAUCAGUUAUCGGUCAUAUGCUUAGAGAUAAACAUGGUAUUGGAAAAGUUGAGGUUGUAUUAGGUUGUGGUAUUAAUGAGUUUCUCAGAAAAAACGGUAUUGUAGCUUCAAUUCCUGAAGACUUAGAAAGCUUAAUUAAUCAUUCUAAUAGAAUUAGAGCCCACUUAAGACUUAAUAAAAAUGAUAAAGAUGCUAAGUACAGACUUGGUCUUACUAAUUCUAGACUCCAUAGAUUGCUGAGAUAUUACAAAGAUAAAGGCGUUGUUGAGAAGACCUUUAAACCUAAGAAGAUUUAA